AUGCAGAUGAUUUUGGGUGAUAAUAGUGGCGCUCGUGGAAGGCACGCUUUGCAUCUGGCUACUGUGCCCCCUCCAUCUAUCAAUACUGCAGAUGACGUCCUUGAUGUUAUUGAUGGAGGCCUCGACUUUCUUGACAUGGAUGUAGACACUCAGGCUGCUGGAGCCGCCACCACCAGUGAUGUACCAGACAUGAGCCCUGAUUUGAUGAUGCCACCUAGUGCCCUGCUUCAGGGAACCUUCACUACUACUCAGGUUGCCAGCUCCCAGUCCAGUAAACGCAUGCACACUAACACUUUUGUUGACUCUUCAUCUCAAUGCACUGGUGCCCCUCCUGCAUCCAGCAAUCCUGUUCCGCUCUCAUCAACAUUGACAGGGAUGAGUAGUGCUGCAAAAAUUGCUGCAAAGAUCACUCCUGCUGCUGCCGUCAUGAAUAUGCAAGGUAGCAUUAACCACCUCACAGAUGUUAUCGAGAAGACCAUAUCCACUCCACCUCUGCCUCCACCACCAGUCCCUGUUGCACCAACUGUACCAAAUAUCAUCUCUUGUGACCUGGAAAUUAUGCACAGCAAAGAUGGGGAAUUUUUGUCAGUUGGUCAGAGAGCCAGCCUCCUGCACAUAUUUUCCCUUGCAGGAGGGGAAAACAAGCUUGCUAUCUAUGUUGGGCUUGAGGAUGACUAUGAGACACACCAUGCAUUUAUCUCAGAGCUCUUAGACUCUCCACCGCUGCAGUAG